AUAAAUAAUUAAGCUCUAAUUGCAGUAGGAAAUUAAAUACACACGCUCUAGCUAAUUUUCGCAUAGACUAACAUUUAUUGAUUAAUUGAUAGGAUUGUAACCCACGCCGUUGCAUCCUGUUCUUUGCUUAAAUUGGUAUUAAAUUCGGCAUGCAUGGAUUAUAAGGCAUUAACUGUUGCUGUUAUUAUUAGGAAACACGCUAUUGCUGUAGCAGCCUUGAAUAAAAACGAAUCCAUGAAUGAAUGAAUGAAUGGGGUGCAGUGUGUGAAUGGGAGCAGUAGGUCUUAAUCCUAAUAGAAGUUGCAGACAGGUCGCGGCCUAAUCACUUUCUCUUUUCACUGUAAUCUGACAGAGAUCCUUUCCUCCAGAUCCUUGCCCUGAUUCUUGACAUUGGCCACUGCGCUGACUAACACCCAGCAGGAACAUCUGCACCAAGUCAUUUCCCAUCUCUAGAAAACAAAAACGCGUUUUUAUUCUCCGCUCGCCUCAGCGGACGACAAGUUUGGCCUCGGUGAGCCGCCGUAGAAAUGGGAGACAGUAUGUCGAAGAGAUUAAAGCUGGUGACGGCGUCUGAGUCGGAGAUGGAGGAGCGUUCAUUUCCUAAUCCCUUUCCCGACUGGGACCAAGGAGUUCUCACAUCUUCAUCCUCAGCAGCUAACAGCAGCACCGGAGACCUUUUUGAUGCAGAUGGAAAAAUCACAGAGGCCUUCCAGAAGAAAGUACAGAAUAAGAUCAAAGAUCUUCUCCAGCAGAUGGAAGAGGGACUAAAGACUUCAGACCCACAUGACUUCUCCACCUACACCGGCUGGACAGGAAUUGCCCUGCUGUACCUGCAGCUGCAUCGUGUGAGUGCUGAUUCCUCUCACUUGCAGCGCUCUCUGGAUUAUGUUAAACGUACGCUGCGCAACCUGAAUGGCCGGAAAGUCACUUUUCUGUGCGGUGACGCUGGACCACUGGCUGUUGCUGCCGUCGUCCACCAUCGACUAAAGAACCAGGCUGACUCAAAAGAGUUCCUCACCAAGCUGCUUCAACUCCAGCGAUCCGUCAUCAGUCCAGACUCGGAGAUUCCAGAUGAGCUGCUGUAUGGCCGUGCUGGAUACCUUUAUGCCCUGCUCUAUGUUAACAAGGAGAUCGGCCCAGAAACGGUGGAUGAGAAGAUCAUUGCUAAUGUGGUGACCGCCAUCUUGGAGUCAGGGAAGAACCUGUCCAGAGAAGAGAAGAAGACCGAACGAUGUCCGCUGCUCUAUGAGUGGCAUAAGAAGCAGUAUGUUGGAGCAGCACAUGGACUGGCAGGCAUCUACUACAUGCUGAUGCAGCCCACGGCUAAGGUUAAUUCUGAAAUUCUGACUGAGUUGGUCCGGCCAAGUAUAGAUUAUGUACGGCACAAAAAGUUCCGCUCGGGCAACUACCCAUCAUCCCUCAGCAAUGAGACCGACAGACUGGUGCACUGGUGCCACGGAGCGCCUGGCGUGAUUCACAUGCUCAUCAUGGCACGUAAGGUGUUUAAGGAUGAGAAGUAUCUGAAGGAUGCGGCAGAGUGCGGUGAGGUGAUUUGGCAGAGAGGUUUACUGCGCAAAGGCUAUGGCAUCUGUCACGGCACCGCCGGCAACGGUUACGCUUUCCUUUCCCUGUACAAGCUCACACAGGAGCAGAAGUAUCUGUACCGUGCCUGCAAGUUUGCAGAGUGGUGUCUAGACUACGGAACGCAUGGCUGCCGUAUUCCAGACCGACCGUAUUCUCUCUUUGAAGGAAUGGCCGGCGCGAUCCACUUCCUCUCAGACCUCGCCCAGCCAGAGGGUUCUUGCUUCCCUGCCUUUGAACUUUGACCUGGGCUUCUGGGCGCACUGACUUUUACUUUGAACAGUUCUGAGACUGUGAAAGCUUUUCUGGCUCUUCCAGCACUGAACAGCAUCACUGAACUUGUGCAGACGCAAAACAAACAAACAAACAAAAAAAAAAAACACCUCCUGCCUAUAACUUUAAGCCACAUUGAGUUCUCACUGUCGUUUCCAAGUCUUUGCCCCUUCUGUGGUAUAAUUUUAAAUAUAAUUUUUACUGUAAAAAUGAUCUGUGUUGCCAUCCACGGCACUGUUUAAUGUUUUCACUUCCAAAGCUUAGCAUUCAGUUGAAAUGGGGUCUUUAUGCUGCAUGCUUGUGUUCUGAUUGUAUUGCACUGCCUCAGUUGACCUGGUCUUCGUCUCGUGUAUUUCAGUCCUGUCUUUGUUGUCUAUGCAUGGGGAUGGCUGAAAUGAGCUUGUGUACGCUUUAGCAAAAAUUAUUGACGUCUGUAAUAUCAGUUAAGCGUCCACAAUGGCUUGGGUGUCACUCUGUGUCUGUAUGAUGAAACUGUGUUUUUGAGGUUGAUAACUUGGUGAAAGAUUGUGAGAAAAUGAAGCAAACCUUUCCAUUAAAUAUCAUUUCAUUAGGCAAUGAUGUUAUGAAUGUUACAAUAAAUUGGGCUCCUUUAACUGAACCACAUGUGACUGCAUUUAAAAUCUAUUAUAUUGAGAACAAAUCACAAGGGCUUGGCAUGAUGCCAUUACCACCCCGUUGAUUAUUUUCCUAUAACAGGAAGUCUUGAAGUAGUUCAUUCCUAUUCCACAGCAAUUUGCCACCAAUUGUUAUUUUUGGAUAAAAAAAAGUGAUACUUUUUGUCUGUUUAUAAUUACAUGUAAUCUUGUGAAACAUCCCCAAACAGUUCUUGUUGUCAUGUUACAGAGAACAUGUAAAGCCCUGAACACUUAGUUACAGCUUCACCUCUAACUGUUACAAAGCCUCGACACUGGAGACUC